UGUGUUCAGUGUUAAAAAAAUAUUAUAUGGCUCUUACGUAAAUACAUUUUAAAAUAUUUGGCUUCUUGGCUCUCCCAGCCAAAAAGGUUCCCGACCCCUGGUCUAGGGGAAAGUUCUGUGGUCAGAUGAAACAAAAAAUGUAGCGUUUUUAACCCUUUUGAAAUCGUGAUAAUGUUCCCCUUUAAUGGUGUUCUCUUUUCAAAUCUCCCGCAGGAAAAGAUGAGCUAACCGUCAGCGACGGGGAAACCGCCACGUCUUCCCGCCUUUAACUGUUCCCCCAUGUCUGUGGAGGAGAUAGUCCUGCAGGAGUGCAGCACCCAGCUCUGCCUGUCGGUGUACAUCAUCACCUUCGUGCUGGGCUUCCCGGCCAACGUGCUGGCCUUCUACACCUUCAGCACCAAGGUGAGGCAGAAGGCCACGCCCAUCGACAUCCUGCUCCUCAACCUGACCAUCUCGGACCUCCUCUUCCUGCUCUUCCUGCCCUUCAAGAUGCGGGAGGUGAUGAACAACAUGCUGUGGGAGAUGCCCUACCCGCUGUGCCCGCUGUCGGGCUUCAUCUUCUACAUGACCAUCUACAACAGCACCUUCUUCCUCACCGCCGUCAGCGUGGAGCGCUACCUGGGCGUGGCCUUCCCCAUCCAGCACAGCCUGAAGCGCCGGCCGCUCUACGCCGUCGCCGCCAGCGUCUUCUUCUGGAUCUUCUCCUUCACCCACCUCAGCAUCGUCUUCAUCAUGCCCAUCAUCGGCGCCAAGGAUGACCUCCUGGAGGACCCUCUGAGCGCCAACGAGGAGCAUCGGAACGCCACCGCCGGACUCAACGCCUCGACGUCGGCGCCGAGGAUGGUGCAGGUGUGCUACGACAACUUCAGCGCGGCCCAGCUGCGGGUGCUGCUGCCCGUGCGCCUGGAGCUCUGCCUGGUGCUCUUCUGCAUCCCCUUCCUCAUCUGCAGCUUCUGCUACAUCAACUUCAUCCGCAUCUUGUCCAGGCUGCAGCACAUCGACCGGCGCCGCCGCCUGCGGGCCAUCGGCAUGGCGCUGGGGACGCUGCUGGUGUUCGCCGUGUGCUUCGGCCCCUACAACGUGUCCCACCUGGUGGGCUUCCUCACCUGGCAGAACCCCGAGUGGCGGGACAAGGCCCUGCUGUGCAGCACCUUCAACGCCUGCCUGGACCCCCUCAUCUUCUACUUCUCCUCCUCGGCCGUGCGACGCACCGUGGGCGGCGUCAUGCGGGGGGUGAAAGGUCGCCUGAGUGGGUGCCUGACCCGCGGGGGGCGGGCCCGGCCAGAUAAGGAGCGCAAACAAGAGCAGAUCAACGCCGUCUGAUUUAUUUCUUUACCGCCGCCGGCAGGAAAUGAAGGUCCUGUUGAUGUUUUCACACGUGCGGACGGCUCACCUGGCGUGUCACUUCCUGUCGGGACCAUAAACAACCCGCUUGUAAUUAAUACUCUGAUGGACGCAAACAAUAAAACCAGUAUCAGAGGACAUUAGACGUCAUUCAGUCUGUAAAUAAGAGGAUGUUAUGUUGCGUGCGACCUUAUUUGAACACUUUAAGAAUCAUGCUGCCUUAAUAUUCAAUCAAUCAAUGUUUAUUUAUAUAGCCCUCAAUCACAAGUGUCUCAAAGGGCUGCACAAACCAUAACGACAUCCAAGGGCAAGGAAAAACUCACACCCGAUGGGACGUCGGUGACAGUGACAAUGAUGACUAUGAGAAACCUUGGAGAGGACCGCUUAUGUGGGCAACUCCCCCCCUGCCUAGGGAACCGAAAACAAUGGAUGUCGAGCGGGUCUAACAUCCAUCCAUUUUCUACCGCUUAUUCCCUUUCGGGGUCGCGGGGGGCGCUGGCACCUAUCUCAGCUACAAUCGGGCGGAAGGCAGGGUACACCCUGGACAAGUCGCCACCUCAUCGCAGGGCCCGGGUCUAACAUGAUAUUGUGAAAGUCCAAUCCAUAGUGGAUCUAACAUAAUGGUGAGAGUCCAGUCCAAAGUGGACCCAGCAGGAAACCAUCCCAAGAGAUGUCCCCAACCAGUUGACAGGCGAGCGGUCCAUCUGUCGGGACCCCCCCCGCCCAAUCCCUCCACAAGAGAAAGGGGGGCAGAGGAGAAAAAGAAAAGAAAAGAAACGGCAGAUCAACUGGUCUAAAAAGUGGUUUAUUGUUGUUAUUGGAUGCAUAGUCGGGAUGUUCCCAUACCAAUGUUUUGGUACCGGUACCAAAAUGUGUUUCGAUACUUUUCCGAUUCUUUUCUAAAUAAAGGGGACCAAAUUUUUUUUUUUAUUAUUAUCUUUGUUUGAACAAAAAAUCUUAAGGUACAUGAAAUAAAUGUUUAUUAUUGCAAUUUAGUCCA